UAUAAUCAUUCGAUAAAGAUGACCGAUAGGAAAUUGUAGUUCGUGUGAUCUACCGAUGUCAACAGAGGUAUAAUCUGUACACGUAGUACGAAAGGGGGCGUUUCCCGCAUGGCGUUGUUUUGAUAUAUAUAAGCAUGGGCACGAUGGGGGACUAUGGCGACAUCGGACUGGAUCUGAGGGUCCCCAAGAUGUCACCGGACUCGGACGAUCCGGAGCAGUGCGACAGUCGGACGGAAUCGGAGGCGGAGCAGGUCGGCAGGUUCCUGGUGGAUGGAAGUCCGAUCAAAUUAGAAAGACAUGAAAGCGAUACGGAAUCGGACAAUCCUGGAAUGUACGAUAAUCAACAUAUCGAUGAAGUAUCGGAUGCUGAUAUCGAUAUAAAAGUGUGUUAUCCCAACACUGAAUUCUAUAGCUUAGAUUCUCAUAAUAAUGAAAGUGACGAUGUCUCGGAGGAGUCUGAGAAAUCCGAUGACUUUGCGAUGACAAACGACGAUAAGUCGGUUGUGGUGAUUAGUGGCCGUAGACAGAGUGGGGAGGGAGGGAGGAAGAUCCAGUUAAGGAGUUUAUUGGACACCCGGGUCAGCAGAGGGGGCAAGGUCGAGAAGGUCCGGGUCAUCAAAAGUCCGAACAUGACAAAACUUGACGUUCCGCGAGGAAACCUUCGCGCCAACCUCCGGCUGCAGUUGAUGAAGCUUCAGGCCGCACAGGAAGACCAGAAGAAGGAAGCGAUGACAUACUCAUCCCAGUCAUAUAAACCUGUCGCCCAGUCCCAGCCCCAGACCAUACAGAUCCCCGCGGCCACUGCCCACAACGACACACAGGUCCCCUCCAGUAUACUCACGGUCAAAACACCACUUCAAAACCCAACACAGUUCCACGUCAGUGAAAACCAGAAACGACAAAUUCAUCUCUUCCUUCACAACACGGGCAAGGUCAGCACAGCCCAGUCUAUGCCCGCUCUCACCACCCAGAUGCCCGCAGCUAACAUGCCCACCACGGUCAGUGGGAGCGCGCCCGCUGUGGACCCAGACAGCCCACUCUCUAUGGGCUUCAGUAGCGCCACCAACAGCGUCUCCGAUUUUAAUGAGGUGGACAACCUCCUGAAUGAUCUCAUCAGCCUGGAAUCUGUGGAUCCUAAUGUGGACCAGGACCUAAAUCUCCUGGACAUGUCCUCUCUCAACCAAAUGUCCUCAACGCUGCCUCAUUCCAACAAUAUCUUGGGACUUUACAAUGAAUCUUCAAACGACCCAGAGAGUAGUAACACAGCAAGCUCCUGUCCCGCUAAAUUCACCAACAUCCCCAUGCCUGAGUUCCUCUCAGAGGAGGAGCAGAGAAUGUGGGCGAAAGACAGACAGAAAAAGGACAACCAUAACAUGAUUGAGAGAAGAAGAAGAUUCAAUAUUAAUGACAGAAUCAAAGAAUUAGGGACCCUCCUCCCAAAAUCCACAGACCCAGAUAUGCGACAAAACAAAGGCACAAUCCUAAAGGCUUCAGUAGACUACAUCAGGAGGUUAAAGAGAGACCAGGACAAGAUGAAGACACUAGAAGUCAGACAGAGACAACUGGAGAUGAACAACAGAAAAAUGCUCCUCAGAAUGCAGCAAAUGGAGUUGUUGAUGAAAGCUCAGGGUAUGCAGACUGGUCUAGACACAGAGAUAGAACAGCUGACCCUAUCCCAGCAGCCGGUCACGUUCCAGGCACCUAAAUUCCAGCCCGAUCUUGCGGGACUCACCAAUAACAUGGACGUUUUCAUGGACGACAGUUCCCCCGUGAACGCUGACCCCAUGCUCUCAUCAGAGCCAGUCAGUCCAAGUAACCUUGACGAUUCGUCAGACAUGUUAUGAAAUAAUACUCAAAUGAUGUCAGGAUGUGUCAUGUGACCUCACUCGGCAAACUCUGCCCGACAGAAGACUCUCGGCCCAAGAUAUUGAGUAUCUGUGUGGCAGGAAGGCUUAUUUCCUGAAAUGUCUGCAGACUUAUAGCAGUUCCCAGAGCAGGGAUGAUCAGGAUGGACUUUGUUGAUGUUUUUCGAUGAGGAUGGCAAAGUUCUUCAUUUGUGAUCAAAGUUUCUAUCAAAAAGUGCAAUUCCCUUUUAUCCUUCUUUAAUAUAUCGGGAUGGAUAUUAAAUUUUUGUGAUUGUUUUCUUUUUUGAGCCCUCACCCCCACCCAUACCCACAUACAGCCCCAUCUAAAAUGUCUCUUGAGCCCCCCUCCCCCAUCUCCACCCCAUUGUCUUACUGCCAGAGUAAUUCAAUACAGGAGAUGGAGUCAAACGUUGUAAAUAAAUACAUAUAUUCUCGUUUUACCUUAUUAAAGUGCUGACAGAAUGUUAUCAAAUGACAUGGUAAAAUCAUGUUUUAUUUUGCCUUAUUAUGUUAUAAAAUGGGUGUUUGUGUCGAUGACAUGAAAGUAUUCAUAAGAAAAUGUAGACUUGGCUGGACCAUUUUAAAGAACAAAAUACAUGUACGCACAUGAAUUCACUUAGUUUUAAUUUUUUUUAUUUAAACAUGAUAAAUACUGAAAAUGUAUGUAUCCAAAUGGAAAAACAGAUUAACUGUUCUAUUUUUAUCUUGAUGGUGCUAUAUUUUGUACAUACAUGCAAUUGUUUGAGAUUGAAUGUUGAUGAAAAAUUGUUUGAAAGUAAAUGUGAAAUGUUGUUUGAGGCAUACCAGGUAGUGUUUGUUAAUCAGUGUACAGUUCUCUUUACUCAUGUCAUCAUGGUUUGUUGUUAAUAACAUUUUCUUCUAUAUAAUGUGUGCAGCAUAAUGCACAACAGUGAAAAAAAUGCUUAAUUAUUAAUUCUUGAACUUAAAAUUAAUUCACAAAAUACAAUGCACAUGCUUUAAAAAUUGUGAAACCUCUGUAAAAAGUUAUCGUUGGAUAUAUAAAGAAUGAUAAAAAAUUGUUAAAAAAUGUAAUAUAAAAAAUUUGAUUUCAAAGUUAUUGUAAGACAAAAUAAAAUAUCAUCCCUAAAUGAAUUUUUAGUGAAUCUGUCAGUAAGUGAAAUAGUAGAACUUUCAGUAAUGAUGUCUUUAUGAAUUGAAAAUUUUGCCCUAGGGAUUAUUGUUAGAUUUUAAGCAAUUCAGUUAAAAUAAAAACAUUUCUGUGUAAUGCAUUUUAAAUAUGUUUUGCAAGUUGAAAUAAAAAUUAUUUCAACAUACUUCACACAUGAGAAGCACUGGAUGCAUGUUUCUUGAAUGCAAUAUGGAUAUAUGCAUGUACAUUAAAAGGUUGUUGAAAAUAUGUAGUUGAGAUAUUUGGGUUUUGAGUGAACAUAUUGUAAAUACUAUUGUUUUUAAUCUUUAUUUUAUAAAUGAUAUUUUAGCACAGGAAAAUGAUUUUACUGUAUAAAUUGAUAUGUAUUUGACUUAAAAAUUCCGAUUGCAUGUAUGCGAUCAAGAAACACAUGCAGACUCUUAAAUACAUUUCCUUUUGUUGGAGAGAAAUGUUUACAUGUUUGUAUUUUGUUACUGUGUAUACUUUAUUUCAAUUAAGAAAGAAUACAAGUUUUGUUUUAACUCAUUAGCAUUAUUCUUAUUCUGAAG